GGACACAUGAAUCAGUGGUAGAUAUGUAUGGAUUCUGCAGAGACUGGGGCAUAGAAACAGAAGAUUGAAGUAUCAGUUAAUAGACAACUUUUUGUACAUACCACAUCCCGGCCUGGCUGUGCAAUCAACAGGAAAGAUAAGAAGGUCAAACAGGAAGAGCUGUGCUGGAGUCAGUUCUGAGCAGAGCUGAGGAAGGCACAGAUCUGCCUGCUGUUUACUGGCAUGUUGCAGCAUAUCAGAUGUGGAAAAGAUCAUUGAUGAUGUUUAUUGCCUCACUGUGAGGAACUGCAAAUGAUGGCAAGUUUGGGAGCAGGAGGUGGUGUGUCUGUGCCCAUCUCUGAUGCUACCAUGGAGGAAGGAACCCCUGCUCCUAGUCCAGAGGGAAAGCAAAGCAGUAACUUGGAAAGGAAAGAAACAGAGCAGGGAAUGUGUGUGCCUGGCUGGGAAUGUGAGGCAGCCAAUGCUGCCCUGAUCACUGCCAGGGAUGGAGGCAAGAUGGACACACUGCAAGAACAAAUGGAUUAUCCACAAAAUGAAAAAUGCACAAAUGUCAGUUCAAGGACCAUUCCCAGUCAAGCUGAGAAUUUUCCAACUGAUAUCUCCUUGAAGUUAACAAUGGUAAGGCGCAAGAGUGGAUGUCCUGAUCCCGGACUCCAAAGACAGCUCAGAGAACAGCUCCGUCUUCUGGAAAAUGACAGCAGGGAGGUCAUGGCAGUUUUCAGUGAGCUCUCUGCUAGACUGCUCUCUAUUCACAGUGAUCAAGAUCUAAUAGUGGUGACAUUUAAAACUUUUGAAGAAAUAUGGAAGUUUCUAACUUAUCAUUCACUGGGGUUUAUAAAUCAUUGCAUGGAGAAUUUAUUCCUAGAUCAGUCCUUCUGGCUCUGUUCUCAAGAGGAGGAAGAAACAGGCAUUGAAGUCUGUAUAAAUGAAAAAUCAUUGAAGUUGAUGUACAGAAGUCUGCUAGUACAAGAAGGGGCAUUUUUUGUUUUACAUCCUGACAAUCUGGUAACAAAGAUAACGGCUACAGACUGUGAAACGAACACUUAUUUUGAGACUGCGGCUUUUACUGAAGAUGUAACAGAUGGAUCUGCGGAUGGUGACAUGACCAUGCUGUCUAAUGUUUCUCUGGAGCCACUGAUCCCUUUUCAUCAAUGGUUUCUUAAAGUGUAUUCUGAUCCUAUUGAUGUCACAUACAAAACUGAAUGUAAAUCCAUCAGGCAAGUUGCAAUGGGAUCCUGUCUAGCUGUGAUGAAUUAUGAAAGUACUGUGCCUGAAGAGAUUAGUUUCCAGGAAGGAGACAAAAUUGAGAUCUUUGGUUACCUCAUUGAAUGCAUGGAAUGGUUUGUUGGAAGACAUCUGCUUACUGGCCAAAUAGGUUUUGUAAAGACGAGAUGUGUUAAACUGGACUUACCUGGAAAUAAAGCACGAGACCUGGAUUUUCUUAAAGCAGAAGAGCUGUCUUGUUUAUCAAAUGAAAAACAAUUAGAAGAAGUGGUACAUUUGUUGAAGCAAACCUCUAUCACAGAUGUUUGCUCUGUGUAUAGAAUAGACCAUUUAGAAGAACAGGAAUUUCAGAAAACUCAUGAAUGUGGAAUUCCAGGUUCACACUCUAAAACAGUAUGCACUAGCAAGAAUGGCAAGAUAGAAGAAUUCUUAAAGAACUUCAAGAAUUUGGAGGUCACACAGGCAGAAGGGCCAGCUACUGAAGGAAAUGAUUCUGCCAAGUCUUCAAAUCAGGAAAUCUUUCCGCCACCUGCAGGACCUUGCUUCUACAUCUAUCAAGAUGAUGGUCAAGCAUCUGAUGUCUUUGAGUCAUUGCUACUCUUCUUAAAUAGGGACGAGUAUGAGAGAGAUUUCAAAAACCUGUAUGAUUUAUCUUAUCCAUUUAUUAAUAGCAUGUUUUAUGGCUUUUCAGAAGAAGACGAACUGGUUACCUUUUUUAGCAUAGCAAGGGAGUUAGCAAAGAAAGCAGGUAUGUCCUGGGCACUAGCAAGGCUAUGCUUUCUGUUAGGCAGGCUAAGUUUUAAAAAGGUUAAGUUUUCCCAAGCUCGGGUUUAUUUUGAAGAAGCAUUGGGGGCAGUAACUGGAGGGUUUAGCGAUUUGUACUUUGUUGUUGCCCUUUACACAAAUCUAGCAGUCAUCUACUUGACACAGAAGAACAAAGAAAAAUGUGCUCAUAUUUUUGACAAGGCUACAUCUCUUCUCAUGGGAAUUCCCAACUACAUUUGCAGUGCUGACCUUGAGUCAGAUAUUCUGAAGUAUGCUCUGAAGAGGACAAUUUUGAGCCAGAACAAACAAGCAGAGGCAAGGGCGUGCUUUCUACUGGCAAAACACUACACUGCACGCAAACAGCAUGAAGAGGCACUGCCCUUCCUAGAAAGGUUGCAAUUGUUGCUUAAUGAUUUGGGUUUGCAAAAUAACUUAUCCAACAACUGUUAUUUCAAACUAGCAGAGUCCUACAAUGAGAAGUGUUUGCCACACAUUGUGUUAAGUUGCAUAAAAGUCUCCUCUUCCCAGAGCUCAAGUACUUUAAUGGAUUCCUUGAAAAGGAUUGAUUUAGUCAUCAAAAAUGCUCCGAAGCUCUAUGGCUUGAGAAAACUCAGACAAAUACUUCCAUCCCAAAUUGCACCUUACCUCAUACAAGCACUUUCCUCUGCAUUUACAAAUGAGCAACAAGGACUGUGCAGCACCAUCUAUCUCAGCUUGGCAAAACUGUACAGCCACCACAAACAGUAUGGAAAAGCCAUUGUUUAUAUGAUGAAAGCACUGGACUCUGAUACGUCUGCAAAGCCAGAGGAAACUAUUAACUAUUUGGUUUCACUUGCUUGGUUAUACGUUCUUUACAGGCAAUAUGAUGUGGCAGUCACCAUUUUAAAUGCUGUUGUAAACUCCUCACGUGGCAAUCCUCAACAACUAGGAGUUGCUUAUAAUAUGCUUGCUAUUGCUUUGAAAAGAACAAACAACACAAAGGAAGCUGCUGAAAGCUGCUACAAAGCUCUACGGCUUUCUGAAGAGGCAAGUAUGACCCAUAACCAAGCUAUAGCCCUGGCUAAUUUUGGGGCGCUCUGCCUGCAUGCUGCAGCUAAUAAGCUGGCAGAACAUUAUUAUAUCAAGGCAGUGAAGCUAUUCUCCAAACUUUCAAGCAUGGACUGUGGCCAAGAGUUUAUCCAAGUCCUCCUUCAACUAGGAUGUUACUACGUUAGUGGAACUCAGAGAGAAAAAGGAAGGUUUUAUUAUGAAUGGGCAUUUUUAGUUGCAUUGGAGACAAGUCAUCUGGAAAGUCAGCUUCAAGCAAUUAAACUGCUGUGUCAGUUCUACAGUACAGUUGUUCCCAAUGAGGCUCAGUGUGUCAUCUACAAUGAAUAUCAACUAUCUUUAGCUAGAAAGAUGUCCAAUAAAGUUCUGGAGGGUCAAAUUUUGGAAACCAUUAGUCAGCUCUACUUGUCUUUAGGAACAGAAAGGGCUUACAGAUCAGCUCUGGAGUAUACCAAAAGAAGCCUUGGAAUAUUUAUAGAUCUCCAGAAAAAAGAGAAAGAAGCAUAUGCUUGGCUACGGGCCGGAAAGAUAUAUUAUGUUCUGAGGCAGAAUGAGCUGGUGGAUCUUUAUAUUCAGGUUGCUCAGGAUGCUGCUCUCCAUACAGGAGAUCCUAAUUUAGCAAUGGAAUUGUUUGAAGCUGCUGGAGACAUAUUUUUCAAUGGUACAUGGGAAAAGGAGAAAGCAGUGACUUUCUACAAGGACAGGGCUCUUCCACUUGCUGUUGAGAUUGGCAACAAAAACACUGAACUCAGAUUAUAUAAUAAACUGGUGGAAUUGCUAGUGAAUAUGAAGGUUUACGAGGAAAGUCUGGAAUAUGCAAAAGCAUCUCUUAUGCUUAGCGUAAAUUUAGGAAAUCAGCUAAAUGAACGAAUAGCUUAUCAUCGCCUGGCUGCCAUCCAUCAUCAUUUGGGUCACUGUGAGCUAGCUGAACACUUUUAUUUAAAGGCCUUGUCCCUCUGUUCCUCUCCCCUGGAGUUUGAGGAGGAAACAUUGUAUUAUGUCAAGGUGUACUUGAAUUUAGGAGACAUUAUAUUCUAUGACCUUAAGGAUCCCUUUGAUGCAGCAGGUUAUUAUCAUUUAGCACUUGCUGCUGCCAUGGACUUGGGCAAUAAAAAAGCUCAACUGAAGAUUUAUACAAGACUUGCAAUAAUCUACCAUAACUUCCUUGUGGAUCGGGAAAUGUCUCUCUUCUUCUAUCAAAAAGCAAGAACCUUUGCAACAGAGCUGAAUGUUAGAAGAAUCAAUCUAGCUCCUGAUCAAUGUUAUAAGAGUUUAUAAACAACUUUGAAACAAUGCAAUCUAGCAAUUACAGAAGCAGUUAGAGAAAUAUUGCAUGGGUUUGGCAGGUGCAUGCAGAAUGAGUUCAGUGUCUCAUGCUGCAUGUGCAGUGAGCAGGAGUUAAGCAUCGCAAGACAAGUUACUUGUUACCUUGCAUUUGUUAUU